AUGGAGCUUUGCCACAUCUUUUCACUGAUGCUGAUUUGCAUGACUCUUUCUACAUCUGCUCAGAGCCAGCAGAUCAUUGCUGAUCCAGAGGUCACUGCCUACCUGGGUGGUGAUGUGACACUACACUGUAGAUUGCAGAGUGAAUCUACAGUCAAAAUCACACAGGUUCAGUGGACAUGGGAAUCAACAGAGAAAAAAAAGGAAGACAUUGUCAUACAUAACCCAGCACAUAAGACACAUUACUUUAAUUCAGCUUUCUCAGGAAGAGUCGUCUAUACCAAUCAGUCCCUGGGUCAUGUGUCCAUCAACAUAACAGGAGUGAAGUUGACAGACAAGGGAAAGUUCACCUGUCAGUAUACCACUUUCCCUAAUGGCAUCAUGAAAACCACCACCACUCUCAUUGUAAAGGCUAAAAAAGUCCAAGGUCAGUCUUCACAUGCAAGAGUCACUGGAAUUUUAGUCUGUGUUUUGCUGCUCAUCAGCUGCCUUCCUAUAGCAGUCAUCGUCAUGACAAAGAACAGUUUCUGCAGGAGGAUCCUGCAGGCUGCAAACCCCAGACCAGCCUCACUCAGCGUUGUGUAUGAAAAUGCCCAUGAUUCACCAGGUUCAGAGCUCAGCAUGGACUGUACUUACACCACAACAGCUGCUCAGCCGACUCCCUGUAGUUCAGACAACGUGUACGCUGGCCUACAGUUCAGUGACAGCUCCCUAUACAGCACCUUGGAAAAGUCUGGAAACAUUGACAUUUAG